CCUAGUUUUGUUUCAUAUUUGCGAAAUGCCCCCAAUUAAGCUCAGCUGGUUUGGCUCUCGGAAUUGCUCUCUGCCCUUCCCUCUACAAACGUCCUCUCUUCUGUCUAAGGAAGAAGAAAUGAGAACAAAUGGACACUUUAUUUGAGGUUAUAUUGAUGACAAGGUCGUACCAUUUUUACUAUUUGGGAUAAGUACUGGUUAGUUAGAUGCAGAAGCAAAUCUUAUAGUUUUUACGUAUGACUUGUUCAUAUUAGUAGGAAAAAGGUUUCUUGCUUAAUGGCCAUAAACUCGUGAAUUGUGUUUGAGAUGUCACGUGAUCUUAAAAAUGGGUUAGCUGACUUAGCUGAGAAUAUUGUAUAGGUUGUUUUGUGUUUGAAUCGAAUGUUUAUACCUUUGAGAUCUUAGAGGCUUAGAGGGGAAGUCCGAGGUUAGGCAUGUAAUGGAUCAUCUAGGUUCUAGGGAAAAUGAUCUGGAUUUUGACUUGGAAAGUGGUGAGACUGAAAGCACCAGUGAAGAAGAUGGAAAUGAAGGGUCGGGUUCAGAUGGUAAAUGUUCCAGGAAAACAAUGGCUAGGGCAAGGAGUGGGUACUUGUAUGUUGAUGGAUCAAUAGCAGCUAGUGAUGGGCUAAGUGCAGGCAAUAAUGUAUCAAGUAUUGGUCAGAAUAUGGAUAUGUUAGCUAGUAGUAUGGGGCAAAUGGCAGAAGGAAGAAUGGAGAAGAGGACAGUCGAGAAACAGAAAAAGAUCCCUAAAAAGCAUCCCAAGCCACCUCGGCCUCCUACAGGUCCAUCAUUACAUGCCGCCGAUAUAGAGUUCGUCAAAGAAAUUUCAAAGCGUUCAAGGUUGCGGCGUGCAAGGAGAGAAAGGAUGAAUGCAUUAAAGAAAAUGAAAUCUGAUAAAACAUCAUCGUCGAAGAUAAACUUCUUGGCAAUGAUCGUCACCACUAUCUUCUGCUUUGUGAUAAUCUUCCACGGAAUCUUGGGUGCUCAUGCAUGAUUUAAGUGUUCGUAAAUCCCACAGUUUUUAAUUAGGAACCCCGAAACUCAUGGGAUGGCUCUGUGUUUCCCAGUUUGGCAAUCCUGGUGUUCCCUAUCUCUGACGACAAUGUUUUCCCAUGCAGUUUGGCCGCCGAAUGCCAUGGGGAUUGAUUAUUGAACCUUAUUUUGAGUUUUGACAAUCCCAAUUUGGGGAAGCAGUGCUGUUAAAGGACUUUGUGGGUAAAGCAAAGCAGCCUUGCCAUACAAUCAAUGGGGUCAAUUAGGCACCACAGGGAGAUGAAAGCAUCAUGCCCUUAUAUAUAUAUAUGCUGAUCAAGUGAAGUGAAUUGCUUUCCACUUGUAGAAGAAUUUUUUCGGUUUGUAUUUUGUUGUUAUAAAUUUUAUAAAUGGCGCACAAGUGACUUUUCUUAGAAUCUUAGAUGGCAAGGACAAAACGCAAUACUUUAAACCA